GUAAUUCGGCGUCGUUUUCACCUGCGCCACGCACAGGUGCGCGGUGGACAGAUCGGAGUGAGAUGGGUAAUUCAGACUCCAAACUGCACUUCAGAAAAGCGGUGAUACAACUUACUACCAAAACACAGCCCGUAGAGGCCUCUGAGGAUGUGUUCUGGGACCAGUUCUGGACUGAAGUCAACUUGACAGCACAGGAUAUUUUUGCUCUGGUUCCUGCUGCUGAGAUCCGCGCUGUGAGAGAGGAGUCUCCGUCCAAUCUGGCAACCCUCUGUUACAAGGCAGUGGAAAGGCUCGUGUUGAACGCCGACUCGGGCUGUGUGUGUGAGAGAGACAGACAGACUGUACUGAGCUGCAUUCGUCUGUUGACUCGGAUUCUGCCUUAUAUCUUCGAGGAUCCAGACUGGCGUGGAUUCUUCUGGUCCACUGUGCCAAAAGCGGGCAAGACUGUGGAUGAAAGCGAUGACGAGAGCACGCGGCCAUUGGCAGAGUCUCUCCUCACAGCUAUAUCUGAUCUGCUUUUCUGUCCCGACUUCACUGUCGAGAGCCACAGCAGGACCAGUGCGGAUGGCCCUUCUGAUAUCCAGUCUAUAGACAGCUGUGAGUUAAUCUGGGAAGCUGGUGUUGGAUUUGCUCAGACUCCGCCUCUCAAUCACACCCAUGACUCCAACAGGGCAGAAUUGUUGAAGCUUUUAUUGACGUGUUUCUCAGAAGAAAUGUACCAGUCUCCAUCUGACUUUAAUCAAUAG